CCAUCACAAAUCUGAGUUAAUUUAAACUUCUUCUAGCUAUAUAUAUAUAUAUAUAGCUAGAAGAAGUUAGCCAGGCACCAAGGUUUCAAUGGAGUUGACAAAAAUGAAAGUUGAGAGAAGAACCAUAAGAAUGAAGGGGAAAGUGGUGCUUUUGAUCCUCUUGAUGAUAACCAGCCGAGUCUUGAAUGGGAGUAGGAGUAGACUGCUACAAGGGCAAAUUAGGCCAAGUGAUGGCUCAGAGGUCUCGCAUGCAAGAGGUCCUGGCUCGCCUUCUCGGCCAUCUAAUCGCACUAACGUACCCGGUGGUGAUGGUGGCAAUAACGGUGGGCAUCCUUGUAAAAUUCAUAGGUGAUGCUUGUUUUUCAUGUUUAUUUGAUCUGUUUUGUUAAUUUCAAGGCUCGCCUAUGUUUGCUGGGGAAAAAUAAAAUUUCUGCAAUUGCUGCAUUUGCUUGAUGUUUGAAGUAGAAUGCUAUAGUGUUUUUCGUUUCUUCGGUUUUGUUCUUUUGGUAAUUAUUAUACAGCUAUGCUGCUAUAGUCAUCUCCAUUCUCCAAUACUGCAAGUACCGAAUCCCAGUCAUUUGUGAUCCAAUGAAAUUAUGAUUUUCCU